UCCAUCUGCCAUGCUGUGACUGUCAUUUGAAAAAAAAAAACUUACUGUGUUGUUGAAAACGGCUAUUUUGUUUUGUAGCUAUUUUGGAUAUUUGGAUAAACUCAAUGUUAAUAAACACACUUUUUCAUCAACAUUCAUAAAAUGGCUUACGACUGCCAUCAUAUGUCAACUGCCCUAAAGUUCUUAUCUGGGCAAAGUGAAGAAAUUUGCAGAUUAUGUUUGGCAUCCACUGCUGGGCAAACCGUGGCUAAUAUUGGAGAUAGUUUUGUGCUCCAGAGGCCGUACUAUGAGGGCUCAGUUACUUUCGUUGAAAUGCUCCACGAACUGGGUGUAGGAGCUGAUGAGGCGCUCCCAGGGAACUUCUGUAAUGUCUGCGCUGAUACAGUUGCCAACGCAUAUCUGUUCAAGCGACUCCUUAACUACUCUUCCAGCAAGUGGGCUGAAGUCAUGAGCAGGCUAAGCUCUAGUCUUAACUUGGCUGAAUCAGCCAGGCCAAAUGGGAAAUCUGUUUAUCUUAUCAUAAAUGAAUGUGGUAAUGACAUGUUCACCAGUCGCAAUAGCCCAAUAGUCAAAAAGGAUGUGCUGAUUCAGAUUCGAAAAAGCUAUUCAAAAGCCAAAAAAAAAUAUUCCACGAGUGUGAAGUGUACAGAAUGUGAUAAAAAAUUCAAAUCCUACAGCCAACUUUCAAAGCACAAUGUUAAAGUUCACAAUAAAACUAAAAAUACUUGUCCACAUUGCUUCAAAAUAUUUGCUACACCUGGUCAGUUGGAAUACCAUGCAGAAAGGGUUCACUAUCCAAAAAAAAUUAAAUGUCCAAAGUGCAAGAAAAUGUUUAGCACACACAGAAUGUUGAAAUACCAUGACCGGGCAAAACAUGUGGCUGUUAUAUGUAAACUUUGUGGUGUGCAGGUCCCAUGUAAACAAAAAUUACAAGCUCAUUUAGAGAAACAUAAAGCUAAUAAAUGUCCAAGGUGUGGAAAAAACUUUGCCAAUAUUUACACAUACAGGGCUCAUGCAAAGGUUUGUGGAAAGGAGGGGAAUACACCAAACUUCUUUUGUGAUAUUUGUAAUAAAGGAUAUGUAUCAAAAAAUAGUAUACGCUCACAUAUCAAGACUGAUCAUGGAUUUGGUGAAGUACUGAAAUGCAAAGUUUGUGAAAAGAAGUUUGAUGCUGUCAGUAAGCUAAAGAAUCAUAUGGUAAAGCAUACAAAGGAAAGGAACUUCCAUUGUGACCAGUGUGGUAAUAGGUUUGUGACACAAGCUGCCUUAGUUUACCAUGUAAGACUUCAUACAGGUGAAAAACCAUUUCCCUGUGAAUUGUGCAAUGAAAGUUUUCUUUCUGCCUCUCGUAGGAUGGACCAUAAGCACAGAAAACAUUUUGGACCAACCAAGCAGUGUUCAAUAUGUCCUAUGAAAUUCGUGACAAGUAGUCAAUUGAGAAUACAUAUGAAUAGGCAUAGCAACCCCCAUAGCAAGUUAUAUUCAGGAGCAGAUUUGCAGCCCAUCACUGUGGAAACAUUCAUUCCACAAUACACUAUUGUCAACCUACAAUAGAAGCAUUGAAAUAAUAUUAAUAAAUGUAGUACAAAUAUAUCUCAAUGAAUAGAAGUGCUAUUGCUUCAAUGACAUAGUAUUGCUUCUCAAAUUUUUUAAUCAAAUGGAAUAAAAUAAUCUAUUUUGAAACUAUAUUUUUUGUAUUUUCUUUCCUCACAAUCAUGACGCAUGCACCAUGCAUGCACCCAUGAUUAUUUACAUAAUAGUUCAGUCAUAAUUUUUUGCCUUACAUGGUAAAAUGUUUUAAUUUGUAUUGAUUAAGUAUAGGUUGGUAAUGAAAAUUUAAGUUUUCCAUGAAGGUAGCAGUGAAGUUUUCGACCUCAAGACACCUCAAGAGGUCAGUUGGAUUGGGUCAGGUUCUUGAAAGUAUCCACUAGAGACGCUUUACAACUUUUUUGUCAUAUUUUUACCAAUAUUUUUCCAGUACCUAUUUUAUGAAUAUUCCAAGUGGCAAAAUCGGCAAAAAUCAAAAACUCAGUUUUGGUCAUUGUGAAUCUGUGGCUGCCACAACGUAUGAAUCUAUAUCCAAAGCAGUAAAAUUAUUUAAAAAAAAGUGUCAGUGACAGAUGACAGACACACAAAUUGACACAAAAAUAUCAACAAUCUGCAACAGAUUUUCUGAAAGCAGAAAAAUAGAAAAUACGGGAUGUUUUCUGAUAAAAGACAUAUUUUUCAGAUCAUUUCAGGAACAUCAGUGUAUUGUUGUUUAUGCCUAAACAAUAUUGCCGAAGGAAAUAGCUUUUUUUCAAUGGAAGACGAAGUAGCAAUAAAUAAUGCUAAUAUUUACAAAAUAACUGAUUUAAUGGCAUUCGUUUUGGGUUUUGAUUAUCUACAAGACAUCCCAACGAAGAUUGUGUGCGGUGGUUGCUUGGAAUCGAGUCUCAAAUGUUUUAGUUUCAUAAUUAAAUGUAAAGAAAAUACCAAACAUUUUUGCCAGCUGAUAGGAAGUGUGAAUAGCUGGUUAGAUAGUGCCAUGGAUACACUAGACAAUCAUAAAAGUGUUUUUGUGACUGUAGAUAACAAACUUUGUGUUCGUAGUUUCUAUUUUGACGAAAAAUUUGUAUCGGAUAACAAAGUGGAAGCAUUAAAGAGACUGCAGGAGCCUCUCGAUCAGAGAAGUGAGAAGUCUAAAGAAGAAUUACUUGAUAAUUUCAUUUUUGAUGAUCCUGGGUUUGAAACUAAAGCCAAUAUAAAGAAACGAAAAAAACUUAUAAUUAGAAGCAAAAUUCCAAUUAGCCAAAUGCUAGAUGGUGGAGAACACAGUGCAUUGUUCAAGUGUAAAGAGUGCCAUAAAGAGUAUCCUACAAUGUACAAUCUAAAACGACAUUAUGUUAGAAUGCAUGCUCCUAAAACCAUGAAAUGCAAUGAAUGUAAGCGAACUUUUGGAUCACAAGCCAUUUUAAAUGAACAUAAGUAUGAAAGCCACGCUUGUGUAAUGUGCACAGAAUGUGGAAAAACAUACACAAACCGGAAAACAUUGGCACUCCAUGAGUUGAGCCACAAGCUGAGAAUAGCUUGUACAACCUGUAACAAAGUAUUUUGCCGAAAAAAGAACUAUCGAAUGCACAUUUUAUCCAAGACAUGUGGACAGAAACAGAGAAACAAAACAAAAAAUAUGUACAUUUGUGACUACUGCAGCAAAACAUAUGCCUGUAAACCUACAUUACGUGUUCAUAUUCAAUUUGAGCAUUGUGGUGGGCAGCAGCACAUCUGUACUUGGUGUUCAAAGAAGUUCAGCGCAUUGAGCAAACUGAAGGCUCAUUGUUUGACUCAUACUCAAGAAAAGAAUUUCAGCUGUGAUAUUUGUGGUGGGAAAUUUGUUAGUAAGGAGUCAUUAUUGUAUCACACUCGUAUACAUACUGGAGAUAAGCCAUUUCAGUGCGAUCAUUGUGAUCAACGGUUUUUAUCGUCUUCUCGUCGAGCCGAGCACAUUCGGCGUCAUCACACAGAACCACGGCUGGAGUGCGACAUAUGCCGCCACAAAUUUAAGACGCGAUCCUGUCUGAUGCGCCAUAAGAAACGCCAUUAUGAUCCUACAAGUAGAUUGCAUUAUACUCGAGUUACUCAAAAUGAAGAUUUGUAAUUACUCCAUAUUAUUAUGUCAUUCAUGAUUUAUGCCAACAUUAUGCAUGCAAAUAGAUAUGCUUAAUAUUUUAAUAGUGUAAAAAUUACAUCCUGUAAAAGUAAUUUACUAA